AUGCCCACAGAAUCAACAGAUCAAGAGAAAAGGCUUCUCUUAGCCAUUGAGGCCUAUGAAACGGGCCAAAAUUUCGUAUACUACGAACUGCUGCCAAAAACGUACGGUGGUUGUUCCGCCCUCGACCUUACGCGAUCGAAUCAACGGAGUCACAACACGUUCAAAUGCUCGACUUUUCUAAAUCGAAAGCUAAACCUCUACGUGAAGAACACACACUCCACAGUCCAAUGA